GACGUCACUCUCUUCGGAACUCGGCCCGCUCCGCCAUGAUGAACGUCAAAACAACCAACGCGCUCCGAUGGCGGCGAUGGAACAAACUGUUGGACAGCAGCCGUUAAUCAUCGGUGUAACCGCGGAUUAGCAGCGAACAUUUUUGACAAGGCAAACUGGAAGGGCAUCACCUGGCAGACAUCCAAGGACAGAAACCAUGAAAGACAACAACGGUGGAUACGAGAACCAGCUAUUCAAAGAUGAGGACUUCAUGGGAGAGGAGGAAGAAAUGCCUUCAUUUAGAGGUCGUUCAAGAGUGGGCUGCAUGAGAUGCCAGCAAAGCCACUCCCUCCAGCUGGCUGUCAAGGUCCUCUAUGGUUUUGUUGCUUUCCUCAUCAUUACUGUUGUAGUUCUGGCAUCACUAGUGUUCAAAAAGGUGGACAAUUUGUCGGAAGAGGAAUCAGCUCACAACAAGAAGAUUGCAAAAGUUCAAGAAGGCAUAGAGGAUCUGAGGUCUGUGUCGAACAGUUCAGACUGCCUGGAUGUCUCGUUUUACAGUGAAGAGAUCAGCAGGCUAAAGAGAGAAUUUGAAGAUAUUCAGAAGAUGAUACUGGGUCAAGAGCAGAUUCUGGAUCAGGCAUCCCAAACCCAAACCACCAUAAAAGCAACAAGCAACCAGCUAACAUGGGAAGUCCAAAACCACCUCAUGUCACUCAAACUCCUCAACCAAUCUCUGGAGAGAUUCACCAGUCAGGUGCAGGGUUGGAAGGAGGUGAUUGAUGAAACAGAAGAAAAGAUGAAAACUUUAACAGAGGAUCAGUUCGACGUAAAAGCAACGGCGCAACAAGUCAACACAACAGUAGCACUCAGCACAAUGUGGAUCGAUGCCCUCCAAAAAAAAGCAGAUGAAGAGACCACCGUCCUCCAGACGUUGACGAAUAAUUUGCAGAACUACACUCGAGUUUUGAGCGCCAUCAAAUCCAACACCAGCAACACCUCCCAAAAAAUGCGCUCCCUUCAGACCACAAUCAUAAUAGAUCAGCAGAAAAUGGCAAUGUUCUCAGAUGUGAUCCAUGACCUCACACAACAGGUUAUGAACCUCCAGAUGCAGCUCGACAAUGUGACGUCGUUAAUGGAUGAAAAUGAGGAGAACAUGCAUGAUCUUCAGUAUCACUCCAGGUACUACGAGAACCGGACUGGUGAGCGUUUCUCAGCUUUAGAUGGCCGUCUGAACUCCAUCGAGAUGGAGAUCGAAACCAUCGCCUCAAGCAUCAACGCCACGGUCAGCCACGUCCAGAGCAUGUACAAGUACAUCAACGUGGAGAGCUCCUCCUGCAAGAGUCGGCUGGGCAGACACACCGAAGACCUACAGAACAUGAACACCACCGUUUUCUUGCUUCUCAACCUGGCCAGCACUCUGAAGCAGCAGAACAUGCUGCUGAACGUUCGGCUAGACAUGGAUGUGAGGAAUCUGUCGAUGGUGAUGGAGGAGAUGAAGCUGGUUGAUGUUUUUCACUCCCACCUUAUUAAUAAUUUCACUAUUAUUAAAGGCGCUCCUGGGCCACCUGGGCCCAAAGGAGACCGUGGUGAGACUGGCCCAAAAGGACCCAUGGGCCUUACUGGUAGUAAAGGUAACAGAGGCCCUACAGGAGGCCGUGGAAACCUUGGCAUGAAGGGUGCGCUUGGUGUUAGAGGAUCACCAGGAGAACCGGGCCCUAUCGGCAGCAGAGGGCCCCCAGGUCUGAAAGGAGCCAAAGGGUCAAUCGGUCUUCCAGGCCCCAAAGGGGAAAGGGGCCAAAAAGGGGAUUUGGGGGCCUCUGGUUCUGAUGGCAUCCCUGGAGUUGAAGGACCUCCAGGAAUCCAGGGCCACGUAGGACUACCAGGUACCACCGGACCUCCAGGACCCAGAGGAAAACCUGGGCCAACAGGGCCACCUGGACCACCAGGUACACCUGGACCUCCUGGCUUACCGUACAGGCAUGAGCCUCAGCAACAAACCGUGAGGCCUGCUGCUGGCGCCAAGAGACGGUAACUCUGAAUGAAGAGUCUGAGUGCGAAGUUUUCACACGCAGAAGCUGAGGAAUGACCAUUCUGGAACUAAAUUACUGAUUUUAAUUGAAGACACACAGGAAUUUAUUCAUUGGAUUGUGAAAAGCCAUGAAGACUAAAUCAGAAAAACAGCACACCGGCUUCGCAGUGGAAUUUGACAAAACGUGGUGAUGAUUUAUGGAAUAAGAAAACCCAAAGCAGCCUUCUGUGGACUCAACUAUUGAGUGAAAUCUUAUCUUUUUUGAUUUGUAUGCUUGAGUUUUUCAUAUGGCACAUGUGUAUCAACCAGAUUAACUAAAAAUGAUAAUCUUUUUAUUUCAGAAUGUACCAGAAUAAGAGAAUGCGACAUAGAGGUUUGUUAAGCAAAAAAAAAAAAAAAAAAAAAUUAAAAGUAGGAUGGUAACUAUGAAUUCGGACAGAAUCAAAUUAUUUACUACAAACAGAAAGAUGUUUAAUUUGAAGCACUUUAUUAUCUCUAAAACGUGAAACCUAAAGAGAUUUCAGAGCGGGAACUCUGAAAACAUUUUUGUUAUCUUGCUGGUUUGUAAAGAAAAUGAAGAAAUGACAUUCAGUUUGUUUUCUUUUUUUUAAGAAAUAUUUUUCAGAUGUUUCAGCUUGUGAGGCGACACUGACUAACAAUAAAUAAACAAUUGGGUUUCACAUGGAAACAUGUUACCUGAUGCAUUUAGAGCCAUUUCAUGUACCAUGUUAUGAUCAGACAUCUCGCUGUGAAUUGGUUUAAUGGCUGCACAAUGACGUCAGACUCCCAGAAAGCAUUGACCAUAAUUGAUAAUGUGAUCUAAAAUGUCAAACAUAACAAGGUAAAGUUGGAAUGAUGUGUUUUUUUUCUGUGUAAACUGUGAACAAAGAAAUGUCAGUGAGGAGUCGAGGUACAUAGAGGAAGCAGCUGAUUUCAUUUUAGGCUGAUUGGAGAGCUGGGAAGCAGGAGACGGUCAUCUUCACUAUCGCCUGGUAAGCUCCCCCACACAAACUUAUCAACUUUUAUGAUGUUUUGUGACAUUAGUUCCUCUGUUGGUGAUCAAUUGAAAGGUCUGUGGAUUGCUAAAUUAUAGGAAAAUACGUAAAUAAGGUCGUAACUAACACAGCUUAGCUAGCUCUGCCAUCUUGCGUGAUGACGAAUGCUUGGUGGAAACGGGCGUCAGCUCCAGAGACGUGUGGCUUAAUACGUAAAAAUAAGAAAAUUUAUUUGUCCACUUGAAUUUUCCAUGAAAUGCUUUUCUUAUUGUUUUUUUAUUAUUACUUUGCGGGUCAAAAUCGCUGAAUUUACGCAUUUUCUGUUGAAAUACAUAAAAAAAAGACCCGGAUGAGGCAGUGCUGUGCCUCACCUCACCUCUGGGGGCAGUGCUGAGUUCCAUAGACGCAACGAGCUCUUUUUCUACGCAUAGAAAAGACUGAAAACAGUCGGAGAAAUAACAUUCAGACUCUUUAUGGCUGGAGCAAGAACGUUUUUUCUUCUAUAAAUGUCUGUGCAGAAGGAUCGAGGCUUGGACGUCAUGUAAAAUAAAUAUAAUAUCGUACAUGAUUUUCAAUUUAAAUCAGAAACAAGACGUCAGCCAAACAAAACAUUAAAACAACUAAAUAUUUUACUUGCUAUUAUACUGUUGGAAGCUUUAAUUAGUUACAAUAUAGCUUCUAUAAUGGAUUUUGUAUGUCUCAAAAUGUUGUCAUUUUUCUCAAAAUCUUUACUUUGAUAUCAGAAUGCUGACUUUAAAAAAAAAUGGCUUUAAUCUUAAAAUUCUGACUUUUCCUCUAAAUUUUCAUUUCAAUCCCCAAAUUCUGUCUUUUUCUUGGAAAUUUGACUUUAAUCUCAAGAUUCUGACUUUUUUUUUUCCAGAAUUUUGACAUUUUUUCCAAAAAUGUUGACUUUAAUCUCAAACUUAUGACUUUAAAAUGUUAUUACUUUGAUGUCAGAAUACUGGCUUUUUUUUCUCCGAAUUUGGUUUUUAAUCUCAAAAUUAUGACUUAAAAGAACCUGACUUUGAUCUAACAAUUCGGACUACUGGUGAGGUUCUGUAUUGGACUUUGUCUGUCAUGAACAUCACUGGUCAGCUCUUAACAUGGCACUGAAGUUUGACAGCACAUCUGGACCUGUCCCUCCCAGCUCCAGAUGCAGAGUGCAAAUGGUGAAACAUCCCUGUUGGCUGAUCAUAUUUUGGAAAUAAAUAAAGGAAAGUACUUUACAAAUUUCCAAAAUAUGAAACAUAAAAAGAGAAAUAUGUCAUAAAUCUGUAUAUUUGUAAAUAUAUGAUGUGACAAACAUCUAAGUAUCAAUUAUGGUUAAUGUGUGACAUUCAUUUAUCUCUUAAAAAAUGUUUUAAAAGUGUAAUCUAUAGUUGUGAUGAAAUGCGACUGGUUUGCGUUGAACUUCAAUAAAAAGCUUUUUUUCUGUUUUUUUU